AGAGGGGAAGUGAGCGAGGGAGUGGGGAAAGGGGAGGGAGGAAAGGGAGAGGAGAGAAAAGAGAGAGAAGAGAGAGAGAGAGAGAGAGAGAGAAAGAGA